GCUCGGACGGCAAUGCCGGAGCCCAGCCUGGCGCGGCGGCAAGACGAGUACUGCAGGGAGCGCGAUGAAGGCGAAUCCGAGGGGAGCCCUGAAGACGCUUUAUGUAGGCGGGAGGAUGCUAGUGGUCACGGAUCGAUCGUUGAAAAAAAAAUAGAAAUGGAACCAAAGAUGGAAGUAAUAAGGAAAAAUAUGAAGGGAUUAUUUUUGGUGGAUCAAAAGUGUCUGAAAAAAUUUACAAUUCCUAAAAAACCUCCUGAUAAAGAUUUUUUAACAGAGUGCCUUGCUAAUCAGAGGGACUAUAAUGAGAUUAAACAACGUUUGAAUGAAAAUUGCCUUGAUAUACAGUGCCAUUUGGAAUCUUUAUGGCAGUUUCAUAAAAUAGAGAUGGUUCAUAAUAAAGAUUUGGAAGAAGAAUUCAUUGCAAAAAGGACUGAGUUGCGUGAAGAAGGAAAGCAAGAUAAAGAGCUCUGUAGCUUUUUAGUUGUCUCUAGAGAUGAAGUGUCACAAAUUUGUCAGAAUGGCCUAUGUACCGGUGAUUCCAAAAGAGAAAUAAACAUUAUGAAAGAACUAGGAAAUCCUCAACUUGGAGUUUAUUUGUUCCGAUAUAUUGAUAUUGCUUUGAAUUAUGCAUCCAAACAUUCAUUUCCAGUAGAAAAUAUCAUUAUAUUCAGGGUUCUUUUAGGAAAAGUUAAAAAAGUUCAACCACCUAAAGGCCAAAAGAAAAUUGUACUGGAUCCAACUCCAAACUCUGAUUGCCAUAUGUCUAGAAUUCAUCCUUCACUUAAGGAUUCUUUGGAGGAUCAGGCUACUGGGUCUUUGGUAUAUUUUUAUGAAUAUAAUGAACAUUCAAAACCUGUGGAUAAGCCUAGGCAAUGUCUUCCAUAUGCUGUAAUACAUGUAAAAUCUGUUAAUCAGAAAGGAGGGACUGAUUCCUUCCUAACAUCUUUGAAGUGUAAACUUAAAAGAUUACCCAAACACACUGGAGGAGUUAUUCCUUUGGAAAACUGUACACGGGUGACAAGGAUAGGUAAAAGCCAACUCAUCUAUGAACAUUUCAGAAAACCAUUAGAAAUGUAUGUAUCUGGAGAAGCUUCUUCUGUUUCUAAAGGCAUACAGAACUGGAAUGAUUCUGAAAACAAAAUUCACUGUGAAAAAAAGAAACACAAGCCAGCUACAAGAUGGGAUUUAACACAAAUGAAAGCCAAUAUUCCAUGUAAAUCUGGUACAGAAACAAUCAGAGGUGAACAUAUGGGGGAUGAUAAGAAGACUAGUUUAAAUAUAAAUCUGGAAGAUUUUUCUGACUGGGAAAUUGGUUCAAGUACUGUAACUACUUCAAGAUUAAUUAAAGAUCCAAGAUUAACAAGAAGAGAAAAGAAUGUGGUAAAGCAAAAUGAAGAACUUAUUAUGAAACCACCUUUUUGUAAUGACACCAGUAUAACCACAGGCAAACUAAGUCCUGACAAUAUAACUAGCAAAGACAGUCGAGGAGAAAUGGAAAGCCAGUUUCAAGGGGAUGAUAUUUUUCCUUCUGAAAUAGAGCAUUCUAUUCAACUUGACACCAAAUGUGCAACAAAUAAUUGUACUUCAUCAAAAGGGGAGCAUUGUGGUAAUACUUUUCAGUCUGCCUGCUGUAAAAAAAGGUAUGCUUAUGAAUGGCCUUCAAAUGAAAUCACAUCUGAGAAUUUUGAACAAAAUAAGCAUCAAGCUCUGAAAAUUUUAAAUCUAAAAUCUAAAAAAACUAACUUGGCUGAAAGCAAUCAAAAAGAUAAGCAAAUAUAUUCAGCAUCUGAAAAAGCAAAUAACUCCCUAAAUAAUGAUUAUACAAUAAACAGUAUCAAAGAAAAAUCUGCCAAAAGAAUUAGCAAUAUAGAGAGCCUCGGGUAUCACCCUUCUGAUACCUGUAUAACUGAUGCUGUUAGAAGAGGCCUUAGUGUAAAAAAUAUGUGUCUUUCCAAGCCAGCAUUGUUAGACAAAAAUAAUUUUGAGGAUAGGAUAUGUAAUUCCUUAUUUACUGAAGAACAAAAAAACUGUGAAACAAAUAACACAGGGGAAAAAUGCUUUAAUGAAAUACAUGUAAACCAAUUAAAAGAGGAGGUUCCAUGUGGACAAGAAGGCAAAAACUAUCAAUCUACAACAGAAGCUGCAUUUAAAAAUGCAACAGAAAGCUCAUCAAGAAAAAAGCAAGAACCUGAUACGGUUUUGAAGAAACCCGCAGAUAAUAUGAACAAUUAUACAGAAACAUCAAAAAAAUCAGAUACUUUAGAUUUAGAAAGCACAGGUUUUUUUUUUAACUUGAAUCUUCAAAGAAGCUCGUUAAUAGAAACAGAGCUAACUAACAGAGAACAUUGCAAAGAGAAGUUUGAAGAAUUGCAAACAUUGCCUACUAAAAAUAAUGACUUGACAGAUCACAAGAAAGUAAAUCACACAGUGUUACUCACAUCAGUUCCUAUAUCUUUGGGGAGUAUGGGAAAUACGGAAAUCAACAAACAAUCUGAAAAUACAUCUUCAAAUGCCAGUUCUGAUAGCUUUUGUAGUCAAGUUCCUGAAAUAUCUGGGCAAGAUUUAGAAAGGAAAAGUGAUAACGUCCACAGCUUAGACAUUUGUGGCGAGAUUGAAAAUGUACUAGAAGAGUGUAAGAAAGGCGUCUCAGUGUGGCACAAGCCACAUAAUCAUGGAAAUAUUAGUGAAGAGAAUGUCUAUUAUUAUUUACAAGCACGUUUAGAUUGGGAGAAUCUGUUUGGAAAACCUGGCUCGAACGAAAAUCUUUCAAAAAAUCCAACUUUGAAGACGAAUAAAGAUAAUUCCUUAUAUAGGGAGAAAUCUGGGGAGGAAAAAGGAACUGAGUUAUUGAAUACAUUUUCAUGCCCUGAUUUACAAAUUACAAUAACCAAUAUAGUUCAGUCAAAAUUAGAAACUAAAAUGGAAAAAUGUACAACUAAAUCUUCAGCAUCCAAAAAAUGUGUUAAGUGGUCAAGACGGGGGGGAAAGGAAAAAUACACAAAGGGACAGCAAAAUUCAAAACAUCAUCGCAAAAAGAAAGAACUCAACAUACAGUCUUCAUCCCAGAUUUCUUCACUAUCCAAGGGACAAUUUAAAAAAAACAAGCAGCCUGAAAAACAUAUUAAGAAUAUUUUAAGUGCCCUUGACAACACUAAAGCAUUGCUAUGCAAAACCAAAUGGUCAUCUCAAAAAAUAAUGGGUGCAAUGUUUCACCUAAGAAAAGCUCGGAAGAAUGUUCAGAGUUUAAAAACAAUAACAAAAGCUGGAAGAAAAACUCCAGAUAGUGUAUUCUCCAAAGCAAAAAACAUCUUACCGAACGGUAUCUUAGAUUCUUUUGAAACAUUCGAUUGCAGCACAGAUGUAUCUUUUAGCAGCGAUUGUGCGAACAAUAAAGCAAUAAAAACAGUCUCUGAAAAACAUGCUAUCUUAGAUACUACAGAAAUUAGAAGUAUAGAGCCACUUAGCGCUGAGCCUAUCAUAUGCAACAAGAGAUUUGCUGAGGAAGGCCUUUUUGGAAAUACACAAGAAAAGAAUCAAGAGAAUGUAAUUACAGCCAUGGAAAACAAGCGCACUUUGAGUUCUGACACGAAUGCCUGUAGAAGCAAAACAGAUGGAAAACAAUUUAACUCUUCUAUGACAAGAAAGGAAUUAACUGCCUGUCAAAGAAGGCAAACAAAUGGUGAGGAAAUGUUCAAAUCUCAUGUAAAGAUGAGUACUGUUAAAAUUGCUCCAUCAAUUCAACCAAUUUUUGAAUCUGCUGCAAAAAUAAAUGUGUUCGGGUCAGAUGUUAUUUCUGCACCUUGUCCCAAUUUGAAAAAAACGAACAAUGACAAAGAAACUCUGGAAAUAUCUGCAUUACAGCAAGAAAACAUCAAUUUGAGUGCUGGAAAGUGUCAUGCUUCAUUGGCAACUUGGCCCUUAACAGAAGAGAACGUUAAUGCUAAAACCUCUGUGGUUCAGUUAACUUCAGAAAUCCAUAGCAACAGGUCAUUGUCAUUAAAAACAAACAAUUCAUCAAACAAAAAUAUAGGUAUUAAUUGCUCUGAAAUCCCAACAGGAUCUUCCAGUAGACAGAAGCAAAAACUAGAUUCUCAUUGUAAACAGGUUUUUUCAAAAUCAGAACAUUCCUGCCUUAAUUCAUUUAGUCAAUCAACUGAACAGGAAAUAUAUAAUGCCGAGAAUAGGCAUUGUAACUCAUUGAACAAGUCAGUUGAACCCCAAAGAAAUACUAACAAAAUACCAUCUAGUGAUGAUCUGCUAUCUCAAUCCUUCGAAGAUAAUAAUUUAUGCCAAUCAUCUCAUCGUUGUGUUUUACAGAAACUUGUAGAGGAAAAUAUAAAGGAAAGAGAACUACCAGAAAGCAUGAAUGACUCUACAAUUAAAAGACUAGAUAUAAUCCAUGACAGUCCUCUGAAGUCAUUAAAUAACCUAGAUUUAAGGCAGAAAAACUUGAAACAAAUAAAUCAUAUCAUACUUAGGGAAUCUACAUGCAAACAGACUUCCUCAGGUAGUGGUUAUAACUUUGAUCAGUUUCAUUUUAAUUCUCUACUAACUGCAGUUUAUCAUGUCCUGCCUGAUAAGACAAAUAAACCCUUCACUAGCACUGAGGCCAAGCAAAAUGAACGCUAUUUUUCAAGCACCUCUUCUGAUAAUUGCAACAAUUUCAGCCAUCAUAGCAAACUUUCCAAAGUAGGAAUCAGUCUAAAAUCCUGUGACUUCAAGUCUAAAAUAUCAGAGAUCUUACAAAAGGCAGAUAAAACUUCAUCUCUGAUUAUACUGCACGAACAGGUGUCAUAUUGCAAAAGUGCUCUUCCUUUGUUCAUUACAGCUUUUGAAAAAAAGCAAGGUUGUUCUUUUGAGCAUGCUCUGAUUUCUAGGGAAAUACUUGGAAGCUCUAAUGGAAAUAUGCAGGCGAGUCAGAAAUUAAAACCUUGUGCUAUAGAAGCAUUAGUUGAGCUGCAAAUUAUAAUGGAAACAAUAGAUUUUAUAGAGAAUAAGAAAAGAUUUUUAAAAGGUGAGCCAACUUUUCGAAGUUUGCUUUGGUAUGAUGAUUCACUGCAUAGUGAACUGUUUGGGGGGCAUUCAGGUUAUCAACAACAAUCAAAUUUAUAUCCUGCUUUUCAGAUGAGAUUAAAAUACAACCCCCUUAAUGAAUUACAAAUCUACCACAAGCAGUUAAUGGAAGCUUUUGAAAAUACUGUAUCUGAGAAUAAUUCUUAUUAUUGCUUGUUGAAAUUAAGGCGAGAAAUAGAGGAAUGUGAAUCAGUAAUGAAACAGGUUUCCAAUUUAUCUGAUUUUUUUUUAUCUGUGCCUUUCAUUUGUGGCGCUAACUUUGGAGAUUUUAUAGAAGACCUAGAAGAUUCAAGAAAAAAUACAAUGGAUUUAAUAAAUAUAUCUAAAAGUCUUCCAGGCAUGAAUUUGAGUGCUGAAAAAGAUAAUCAUCUCUGGAUUAUUAUUGAGAUUAUUGGUAAAAAAACUGAAUUUGUAAAGACGUGUACCCAUGAAGAGUUUAAUCUUAAAACUUCAUUAUUUGGUCUGGAACAUAUUUUUUUUGAUGCUGCUAAACAUCUUGUUUGGCAAGAAAGAAAUUCAUCUUUAAAUAACAAUUCAAAGGAUGGGAAAGAAGUGCUCCAAAUAUAUGAAAUGACUGUGGCUAAGCUCUUUGAUAUUUAUUAA